GUUCGGAUUAACUUCAAAGCAAAUUACAUUUGUUCUAGAUUCAUCAUUCAAAGCAAAUUACAGAAGUCCCAUAAUCCCAUUCCCAGCCCCUAAAGAAGCCAUUGGAGAACAGAAAAAGGCCUCUAAAUAUAUAAAAUGAAGAACACCAAGGUCACAGGGUUCGUUAAGCAAGUGAUCUCACUACUAACCGCGGUGGUAAAGUCCAAAUCAGACGCCGUUCGAAGCAAAACCGGAGCGAUUAAAGCUCGAAUCCAGCUCUUCUCCCUGCUGAAGUCCCGGAAGUUGUGUCUGCAGGGCCGGAACGGCGUUGGAUCCAUCUCUAAUAAGAUCCACGCCUUGCUGGGGCAGCACGCUCAUUGCGAAGACGGCGAAGACGAAGAUACCGCCGUCAAGUCCCCCGCGGCAGUCUCCAACAGUGACGCCGCAGAGUCGGAGUCCGGUGAGGCGAUUAGUGGCGAGGAUCGGUCUCUGCUCGAGUACAAUUACCAGGAGGAGGAAGAGGACGAUAAGUAUCCGGAUCUGAGGCACUCUCUGUUCGAGGAGGAGGGAGACGAUGAGAUGUUGGGGGAUCCGAACGGGUCGGCGAUAGAGAUGGUGAGGAGUUCGAAGGAGGAAGGAGGAGAGGAAUUCAGGCUGGAAGACGAGAUCGACAACGUCGCCGACUUGUUCAUCAGGAAGUUCCAUAAACGUAUGCGGCUGCAGAGGCUUGAAUCUCUGAAAAGGGUCCGGGAGAUGCUUCAGAGAAGCACUUAAUUAGCAUAUAUCCUUCAAUCAACUCUGCUUUGGCGCGGGUUUUUUCAAAUGUGUUCUUUAAUUGCUUUUAUUUUGGGAGGAAGUAUUAUUAACUGCUCAUAUGCGAUUGUAUUAUUAAUCGAUACGAGUUCGUCUUACUCUUUUUAGUUCAUUAAUUAAUUAAUUAAUUAAUAGGAUGUUUGGUGUAGAUGAUUUCAUGAGGCAAUAGAAUAAUGGUUGUUAUUCAUAAAUUAUUACUCUUGUGAUCGAGUUGAAUGAAUGAAUAGAAGUUGAUUUUGAUCGAGGAUGUUUUUAAUUGAA